AUGAGUGGAUUAAUCUCUGCUUUAUCUAAAGGCUUUCGUUUUCUCAAUAAUAUGAUGACAUGCUGCAUUCCUAAGAAAGUAAGUGUGCAACAUCUGUUUUGAAUAGAAUUUAUUUUGUUUUUUUUGUUUGUAUUAAUCCAAUAGGAAAUAUGAGUAUAAUUAAAUCGUAAUACAUUAUUUUCAGGUUAGGCACUCAAGCUAUCCCGCUAACGGAUCGGCGGAUUGUCCUAAUGAUCGUCCUAGUAAUUCAAGUAAUUAAUAACAUAUUAUAUUUAGGUCUUAUAUUAUAAUUGGGAUUUCAAGUAUUAUAAAAUAAAAAUUAUUCCCAAAAAUAUAUAAUAUAUAUUUAUAAAAUUAUAAUUCACUCCUAAUUCAAAUGUUAAAUUCUCAUUAAAAAAAAAAUCGCCUUGAAUAAAUUCCAAUUUCAUUAAAAUCGUUGUCUUGAAAAUUACUUGUUUUUACUGAUCAAACUUUUUUUAACUUCAAAGAAAUAAUUAAUAUGAUUUGAAACAAAAAAUAGGAAUUUAAAUAGGUAUUUAUAAUUUGUAUGGUAUUACUAUUUUAGCAAAGUCCAAAUCACAUUUUGAAACAAAUUUAGAAGAAGGUUUAGCUGUAAAGUUCCGGAUUGUAGCUGAAGAUGAGAAAGAUCGUAAAAACGAUUUAUUAAGUUCUAAGGUGGAUGAUAAAAUGUCAAAUUUAUCCAUUGAAGAUUUUAGACUUCUUAGUGUAUUAGGAAGAGGCAGUUUUGGAAAAGUAAUAAUUAUUAUUAGAAAUAAUUAGAAUAUAAGUAAGUAAUUUGUGUUUAAUUUACUUUCCAUUCAUAUUAUAGGUAACAUUGUGUCAAUACACAAAAUCGGAUGAGUAUUUUGCAAUAAAAACGCUUAAUAAAUGUAAUAUAAUCGCUGAAAAUGGAGUGGAAUCAUUACACUCUGAAAAAAAUAUAUUCGAAAUUAUUAAUAAUAUCCGUCAUCCAUUCUUGGUGAACCUAUUCGCCUGCUUCCAGACGGACGUAAGUGUACUAAAAAUGAGUUAUUUAUUUCAAUUUUAAAAUUGUUCGGUUUAUUGUUUACAGGCUCAUAUUUGUUUUGUUAUGGAGUAUUCGGCUGGAGGUGAUUUGAAUACACACAUAAAUAACGGGGCGUUUGAAGAACCAAGAGCAAUUUUCUAUGCCGCUUGCACUGCUUUGGGCAUACAGUAUUUACACGGAAAUGGUAUCGUUUAUCGGUGUGUACAAUGUUAACUUCAUUUUUAUAAUUUGUAACGUUGUUAUUAAGAUGGUGCGUUCAUUAUUUGUUAGUGACCUAAAAUUAGAUAACUUACUGUUGGAUACUGACGGCUACGUCAAAAUAGCAGAUUUCGGAACAUGCAAAAGAGGUGUGGGUUUUGGCGAUCGAACAACAACGUUUUGCGGGACGGCCGAAUAUAUGGCUCCUGAACUUAUUACCGAAACGUCCUACACGCGUAGUGUAGAUUGGUGGUCUUUUGGUAUACUGAUAUAUGAAAUGCUUGUUGGGAAAGUAAAUAUAUUUUGGAUAUUAAUGUGUAACAUAUCACCGUAACUAAUAUAAAUGUUUAUCACAUAUAGUGUCCCUUCGCAGACGACGAUGAUCUAAAAGUACUUCACUCCGUAGUUAACGAUCAAGUUCGAUAUCCCAGUAAUCUAUCUUCCGAAGCGAUUUCAAUCAUGAGCAAAGUAUGUUUUUUAAAAUUUAUCUUAGAGUAAACUAUAUACUUACAAGAAAAUGUUUUAUUAUUUUUGUGGACAUAGCUUUUAUGCAAAAAUCCGGAGAAAAGGUUAGGUUCACACGAAAGAGACGGAGAAGACGUAAAACUACAAGAAUUUUUUGGAAAAAUUGAUUGGGAAGAUUUAUUAAAGAAAAAAGUUAAACCUCCAUUCGUACCGACUGUUGUAAGCAUCUUAGAUAUAUCUGUUUUGAAAUCUAAUGUUAGUUCUACAUAAUAAAUUAUACUAAUAAAAAAAAAAAUUAAAAUACAAAAUUAGAAUUCGCUAGAAGACGUUGGAAACUUCGAAGAAGAAUACACUUCUGAGACCCCAAGAUUGACUUUAGAUCCAAGAUUGUUAACCAAUGAACAGGAAGAAUUAUUCAAAGAUUUUUCGUAUACAGCCGAAUGGUUUUCACAUAAAGAUUUAUAA